AACAACUAAUGGUCUUGGUGUGAACACAUUCGCGGUUGUGGGGAAUGAAGAGAGUUUAGCAAAACCCUAGCUUUGGGUUUUUUUCUUUAAUCGUUAUCAGCCCUACUUGUUCUUAGGGAAAGUAGAAGCAGGAGAACCGAGAAGAGGAGAGCAGAAGGACGGCGUUGUAUCAGCCAUGAGUAAGCUUCAGAGCGAUGUGUUGAGGGAGGCCAUAACAGGUUUGGUGGGAGAGAGCAAAGAGAAGAAUAGAAAAUUUGUGGAGACGAUUGAAUUGCAAAUUGGGCUGAAGAAUUAUGAUCCUCAGAAGGAUAAGCGUUUCAGCGGCUCAGUCAAACUCCCCCACAUCCCUCGUCCCAAGAUGAAGCUCUGUAUGCUCGGUGAUGCCCAACAUGUUGAAGAGGCCGAGAAAAUAGGAUUGGACUACAUGGAUGUCGAAGGAUUAAAGAAAAUGAACAAAAACAAGAAAUUGGUUAAGAAGCUUGCCAAGAAAUAUCAUGCUUUUCUUGCAUCAGAAGCAAUUAUCAAGCAGAUUCCUAGACUUCUUGGACCUGGUCUAAACAAGGCUGGUAAGUUUCCCACUUUGGUGUCACAUCAAGAGUCAUUGGAGGGAAAAGUAAAUGAAACAAAAGCCACUAUCAAGUUCCAAUUGAAGAAAGUUCUGUGUAUGGGUGUUGCUGUGGGUAACUGUGGCAUGGACGAAAAGCAAAUAUUCCAGAAUGUUCAGUUGAGUGUUAACUUUCUGGUGUCCUUGCUCAAGAAAAACUGGCAAAAUGUACGUUGUCUCUAUCUGAAGAGCACCAUGGGAAAGCCGUCUCGGGUAUUCUAAAUGAACAGUUUAGUCAGCUUUUGCACAAUGAACAUUGAUGGAAUAUGUUUUGUUUUGUUGGUAUAGGGUAGGGUGUUUAGACAAUUUAUUCUAUAAUGCAAAAUUGCAUUUGAUUUGAAUAUAACAUUUUUCAGAGGCAUAUGUUGACCAAUAGGCAGGCUCUUAUUUAUGUUGUAACUGAGGGAGAUUCUAUUUUUGAUGCACAAUUGCUUUAAUGAUUGAUGUCAUGUCCUUUUUCAAAGAA